AAACCUCCACCUGGGGAAUAAGGAGGGAAGCCCAUUUCUUUGAAAAUCAGGGGUGGAGGUGCCGCGCUCCAGCUCCUCCAAUGGAAGGGAACGAAUGGAUCGAUGGCUACCUCAAUGCAUUCCUAGAGAUUGGCAGCGAUGUCCACAGGAAUUGCGCUCCAUCGUCUCGAUCGUCGCCCAAGAACAGGGUUGGGGCGGAGGAGACGCGCCAGGUGUGGAGGGUGUCUCGCUACUUCGUGGAGGAGGUCGUGAGCAAAUUCGAGGAGCGCGACAUCCAUCAAUCUUGGGCCAAGGCGACGGUCAGGAGGAAUGAUAAGAUCCAGAGCGUCCGGCUGGAGAAUCUGUGCUGGCGGAUCUGGUUCGAGCGGAGGAAGUGGAAGAGGAUCGAGAGCGAGCGGGCGCAGGGGCGAGCGGCGCGAGAAAGAGGGCAACGCGAUGCCGAGGAGGAGCUGCUCGAGGAUCUCUCCGACAGCGAGAAGCUCGAGCUUGCCGAGGCAAACUCGUCGUCCUCGUCCGGCAGUGGAACCAAGAAGAAAUGCAUGCUUAGAAACCUCUCGGUGCUCCACAGCUGGAGCGAUCAAGAGCGAGGAAGAAACAUGUACAUCGUCUUGAUCAGCUUGCAUGGCCUCGUUCGUGGCGAGAAUAUGGAGCUGGGACGAGACUCCGAUACCGGUGGACAGGUCAAGUACGUAGUGGAGCUCGCAAAAUCGCUGGCUGCGAUGCCGGGGGUGUACCGCGUGGACCUCUUGACACGCCAGAUAUGCGCCACGGACGAGGUGGACUGGAGCUACUGUGAGCCGACUGAGAUGCUGUGCUGCACGGGUGGCGAGAGCAGCGGUGCGUAUAUCGUCCGGAUUCCCUGUGGUCCGAGGGAGCAGUACCUCCGCAAGGAGCUCCUCUGGCCUCACAUCGAGGAGUUCGUCGAUGGAGCGCUCGCUCACAUCAAAGACAUGGCCAAAGUUCUCGCAGACCAGCUUCACCACCAUCUUUACCAUGGUAACACCAAUGGUACCACUCCGCCGGCAGCGUCCAGGGAGCUGGUCUGGCCUCAGGUAGUUCACGGACACUAUGCCGACGCUGGCUACGCCGCUGCUUUGAUAUCCGGGGCUCUAAACGUUCCGAUGGUCAUGACGGGACACUCGUUGGGACGAAACAAGCUCGAGCAGCUCCUCGUCCAGGGGAGGCAGUCGAGGGAGGACGUGAACUCGACUUACAAGAUCUUCCGGCGCAUCGAGGCCGAGGAGACGUGUUUGGACGUAGCUGAGCUUGUUAUCACGAGCACCAAGCAGGAAGUUGUGGAGCAGUGGGGGGAUUACUACUUUGGCUACGACGUGAAGGUGGACAGAGUUCUCAAGAUCAGAGCGAAGAAGGGACUGAAUUGCCAUGGCCGGUUCAUGCCUCGCAUGGUGGUUAUUCCUCCAGGAAUGGAUUUUAGCAAUGUAGUUCUUGAUUCUGAGACUGCUGCUAUAGCGAAUGAGAUUCAUGGCAACACUGUCUCGUUGCCAACGUCGCCAAAGAUGGAUCCUCCAAUCUGGGGAGAUAUCAUGCGCUUCCUGCACAAUCCUCACAAGCCAAUGAUCCUGGCGCUCGCUCGUCCGGAUCCAAAGAAAAAUAUCACCACUCUCCUAAAAGCUUAUGGAGAGUGCAUGUUGUUGAGAGAUCUCGCGAACUUGACGCUGAUCAUGGGGAACAGGGAUGAUAUCGAUGACAUGUCUGCGGCCAAUGCAAGUGUUUUGACCACUGUUUUGAAGCUCAUUGACAAGUACGAUCUUCAUGGCCAAGUCUCGUAUCCCAAACAUCACAAACAGUAUGAAGUUCCCGCAAUAUAUCAGCUUGCAGCAAAGACGAAGGGAGUGUUUAUCAAUCCAGCUCUGGUCGAGCCUUUUGGCUUAACUUUGAUCGAGGCAGCUGCUCAUGGAUUGCCAAUGGUGGCCACUUCAAAUGGUGGCCCAGUUGAUAUACAACAGGCAUUGCACAAUGGUCUCUUGGUUGAUCCGCACGACGACAAGGCCAUCGCGGAGGCACUCCUCAAGCUGCUAGCAGACAGGGGCCUGUGGCUGGAAUGCCAGAGAAACGGCCUCAAGAACAUCAACGUCUACUCGUGGCCGGAGCACUGCCGAACUUAUCUCUCCCGGAUAAUCUCAUGCCGGACGAGGCACCCGGAGUGGAGCACUGAGGACAGUUACUCCAACGAGGUGGAGCUCGACUCGUCCCUCCACGACUCCCAGGAAAUUUCCCUCCGCCUCUCCGUCGAUGGCGAGAGGUUCCAGAGCUACGGGAGCGUCACCAAUGGCAAGAGCAGCAUCACCGUGGAAGACAUCAAGAGAUUCGUGGAGAAGUACGCGCAGUCUCACAAGAAGAACGCUAGCGACGUCCCGGAGGAAGCCAAGAGCAGCGAGCUUGGCACGAUUACUACUACUGCUGCUGCUGCUGCUACAAGGUGGCCUUUGCUGAGAAGAAGGAAAAAUCUCCUGGUCCUCGCGGUGGACAACCUCCGGAGCCACGAGCUCGUCCGGGACGUGGUGAUUGCGGGGAGGAGCUAUGGUGGCAAGAGCGAGACCGGGCUAGUGAUAUCCACGUCGCUCACGGCGUCCGAGGUCCAGCUCGGGCUCAAGGCGGUCGGAGUCUCGGUGCUCGAGUUUGAUGCUUUGGUCUGUAGCAGCGGGGCCGAGCUCUACUAUCCGGUAGCGAGCGGUAGCAGCAGCGAGAGAGACGAGCAAAAGGGGGAUCCAUCGUCGCUGCCACUGCUCUCCAAAGAUCUUGACUACGAGAAGCACGUAGAGUUUCGUUGGAACAUCGAGGGGAUGGAGAAGACGCUGGCGAGGCUGUUUGAGCUCCAGAAUGGCCGCGCCAGUGGCAUCGUCAAGGAGGCCAAGAGGAGUAACUCCCGCUGCCUGGCGUAUCAAACGGCGUCGCGCAAUAGUUACCACGGAAUGAAGAUCGAGGAGCUUCACGAGAAGCUGAGGAUGCGAGGCCUUCGCUGCCAUAUCGUGAGCUGCCAGAAUGGGACGAGGCUUCAUGUGCUUCCGCUGUUUGCUUCGCGAUGGUCAGCUCUAAGGUACCUUUACAUUCGAUGGGGUGUGGAGAUUCCCAAUAUGUUUGUGUGCGUUGGCAAGAGCGGCGACUCAGACCACGAGAUGCUCUCCCGUGGCUCGCACAAGACAAUAGUGUGGAGGAGCAAGAGAAGCCAAGAGGAGGAUUUGUCAUCGGGCGUUGAUGCUGCAUCCAAUUCCGAAGAGCUGCUGGCGGCGAUGGCUCUUUUUGUACAUAGAUAAAAUGCGAGCACUUGAGUUCUGAGAGCACGAAACAUAAGUUCAGUGCCUAGUAUAACUAGAAAAAAUCAAAAUAAAAAACCGAAAUAAAGUGAUUAUGAUAAGAAAAAA